AUGGAGAGGGCCACGGUUGCAGACCUGAAGAAGUCGGCAAGAGCAGUACAGAAGGAGCGCGCAGCCGACGCUGCCGCAUCGGCUGCCGCGGAGGCGCAGCUCAAAACGCAGCUGUCAACAGAGCAGGCGACAGCCUCCAGCCAACAGCUGCAGGCAACUGAGCUCCAUGAACGCCAGCUGGCGCAGCUGAGGGAGCAGCUUUCAACAGAGCGGGCGACAGCCUCCAACCAACAGCUGCAGGCAACUGAGCUCCACGAAAGCAAGCUGGCGCAGCUGAGGGAGCAGCUCACUUCAACUGAGGCCUCUGCGAAGGAGGAGUCGAGGAAGGCAGCGGAUGCUGCGAGGAAGCUGGAGUCAAAGCUGGCUGACAGCGAUGAAUCGAUGUCGCUCGCCCAGGACCUGCACCUCUGGACACACCAGAAGCUCGUCUUGGCGGUGAAGUUAUACCGCGUCAUGCGGUCUGAGAUGGAGGCCGCGCUCAGCAACCAGGCGGUCGUCAUUGAGAGCCAUCUCGCAUGCCUGCAAGACUGCCAGAUUCUGGAGUUCAAGCUGUUGCAGCAGGAGCAGGCCUUCAGCGAGCAGUACGGGCAGCUGGCGCAGGCAGCAAGGGAUGCGGUGGAUGCCAAGGAUGCUGAGCUGGCGACAGCUCACCAGUCCCUGCAGGACGCCACCUGGCACGCUGAGACGCUGCGCAUGCAGCUGCAGCAGCAUCUGGCUGAUACCCCUGCACGAGCAUGGCAGUAG